AUGGCUUCCGAUGCACCAAGCUUCCCAUUCCAGCGUGCUUCUGGCCCAGAGCCACCAGCCGAGUUCGCCAAACUGCGAGCUACUAACCCUGUAUCUCAAGUCAAAUUAUUCGAUGGUAGUCUUGCCUGGCUGGUGACGAAGCACAAAGAUGUCUGCUUUGUCGCCACGUCCGACAAGCUCUCCAAGGUCCGCACGCGCCCCGGAUUUCCCGAGCUGGGUCCCGGUGGAAAGCAAGCAGCCAAGGCAAAGCCGACAUUUGUGGACAUGGAUCCCCCGGAUCACAUGCAUCAGAGAGGCAUGGUUGAGCCAAUCUUUACCCCAGAGGCUGUCAACGAUUUGCAACCGUACAUUCAGAAGACGGUUGAUGAUCUCUUGGAUGAGCUGAAAAGCAAAGGCUGCGCUGAUGGCCCGGUGGAUCUUGUCCAAGAAUUCGCUCUUCCCGUUCCCUCUUAUAUCAUCUACACAAUUCUUGGAGUGCCUUUCCACGAUUUGCAGUACCUCACGCAGCAGAAUGCCAUCCGCACAAAUGGCAGUUCCACUGCUCGAGAAGCGUCUUCUGCCAACCAGGAACUACUCGACUAUCUCGCUACGCUAGUAGAUCAGCGCCUCGAUGAGCCCAAGGAUGAUCUCAUCAGCAAGCUAUGCACCGAGCAAGUGAAACCGGGAAUAAUCGGAAAGGCCGACGCUGUCCAGAUUGCCUUCUUGCUCCUCGUCGCCGGCAACGCUACCAUGGUCAAUAUGAUCGCACUCGGUGUGGUCACUCUAGCUCAGCACCCGGAUCAGCUGGAGCAACUAAAGGCAGAUCCAUCUCUUGCUGCCAAGUUCGUUGAAGAACUCUGCCGCUACCACACUGCAUCCGCACUAGCCAUCAAACGCACUGCCAAGGAGGACGUCAUGAUUGGCGACAAGCUCAUUCGUGCAAAUGAGGGCAUCAUCGCCUCCAAUCAGUCCGCAAACAGAGACGGAGAUGUUUUUGAGAACCCUGACGAGUUCAACAUGAACCGCAAAUGGCCUGCAGAAGACCCCCUGGGUUUCGGCUUCGGCGACCAUAGAUGCAUUGCUGAGCAUCUGGCUAAGACCGAACUCACUACUGUUUUUGCAACACUAUACCAGAAGCUUCCCAAUCUCAAGAUCGCUGUUCCGUUUGAGGAUGUUAAUUAUACGCCACUGAACCGGGAUGUUGGAGUAGUUGACUUGCCAGUGACCUUUUAA